AUGGAGUUCAACAGUCUUCUGCAUGAAAUUGGGGAACACCUGGACAGUGGUAGACUUGCCUCCCUUAAAUUCCUGAGCCUAGACCACAUCCCCAAAAGAAAGCAGGAUCACAUUCAGGAUCCUUUAGCCUUCUUCAUGGCACUCCAAGAAAGGAGAAUUUUGGAGGAGAAUAACCUGUUCUUCUUGAAGGAAUUGCUUUUCCAUAUUCAAAGUCUAGAUCUGUUGACCAAGUUCUUUGGCACCAGUAAGCAGGAGAUGAUAAAAGAGCUUCAGAUACCAGGCAAGGCCAAGAUUUCUGCUUACAGGGUCAUGCUUUUUCAGGUUUUUGAAGAUGUAAGCAGUGAAGAAUUAAAGGCCUUUAAGUUUUUUUUGAUAAAGGAGAUCCCCAAAGGUAAACUGGAUGAUGAGACAAUGACCCUGCUCGAUAUUUUCAUAGAGAUGGAAAGGAGGGGCAUGCUUGGAGAAAGAAACAUGAACACCCUGAAAAGGAUCUGUAACCAAAUCAAUAAGAGCCUGCUGCUGAAAAUCAGUGCUUAUGAAGAAUUUAAUUCAGAGAGAAGAAUGAGCCUUGAAAGAAGUCCAGAUGGAGUCUCAAUUGGGGAGGAGUUAUUUGAAAAGCUGACAAUAUAUGACCCUCCAGGAGAAGUAGCAAGUGAGUCAGAGAUAUCAGACAAAGUUUACCAAAUGAAAACCAAGCCUCGGGGAUACUGUUUGAUCUUCAACAAUCAUGAUUUUUCAAAAGCACGGAAGGAUGUGCACAAACUUAACAACAUAAGGGAUAGGAAUGGAACAGACUUCGAUGCAGAGGCUUUGAAAAAGACUUUUGCUGACCUUCAUUUUGAGGUGCUACUUUUCAAAAAUUGCACAGCAAAGAAAAUCUGUGAAGUUCUGGAAUUCUACCAAAACCAUGACCACAGUAACAAAGACUGCUUCAUCUGCUGUAUCCUCUCCCAUGGAGACAAGGGCAUCAUUUAUGGCACCGAUGGGCAGGAAGUCUCCAUCUAUGAGCUGACCUCAUACUUCUCGGGUUCGAAGUGCCAAUCCCUUGCAGGCAAACCUAAAAUCUUUUUCAUUCAGGCUUGCCAAGGAGAUAACUACCAGAAAGGUAUAGCUGUUGAGACUGACUCAAAACAGCAGCAAAACUAUUUAGAAAUAGCUUCAUCAGCUCAGAAGAAAUACAUACCAGAUGAGGCUGACUUUCUUCUGGGGAUGGCCACUGUGAAUAACUGUGUUUCCUAUCGAAGCCCCGUGGAGGGGACCUGGUAUAUCCAGUCACUUUGCAAAAGCCUGAAAGAAAGAUGUCCUCGGAAUGACGAUAUUCUUACCAUCCUGACGGACGUCAACUAUGAAGUGAGCAAUAAGGAUGACAGGAAAAAUAUGGGGAAACAGAUGCCACAACCCACUUUCACACUGAGAAAAAAACUCUACUUCCCUCUUAAUUGA